AUGGUGGAACGAAGAGGCGCAAAUGUCGCGGGUGCUGGAAGGCUUAGUAGUGAUUCGGAUGAAUCGCAAGAUGAGGUAGGACUGAUAAGAGAUGACUUAGAGAAUGCUGAGGAAUUGGUUUUCGAUUUUGAGGCUUAUCCCAUAUGUGAUGACGAUAAAGAGGGUCUUGUCAAUAUGCUAACACAGAUCUUCCUUCGUGUCGAUAUUGAUGUGAAACAAAUGGCCGAUAUCUUAGUGGAACAAUCACCAUUUGGCUGCGUUUAUCGCCCUUCUGAAGAAUUUAUGGAUGAAGAUGAUGAGGGUAUUGUAUAUGGUGUAUUGUCGAUGUUAAAACUGGAUACAGAUCAGAAAUUCCAAACAGAUAUUUGGGCUCUACUGAAAGCAAGAGCACAAAAAUAUUCCGUUGAUAAAAAAAUAUCCUCUAUUUUGGAAAAUUUGUCGACUCCAAAAUCGGAUAUUCGUGUUGGCCUGCUAAUCAACGAGAGAUUGCUCCACUUUCCUGCAACUAUUGCUUCUCCUGCUUUCAAGUCGUUGGCGAAUGAUCUGAAAAAGUUUGCUGCACAAUAUCGCUUUUCCCAUGUUGUUUUGAUUUUGAAAAUUCGAAUAGCUGAUAAGGACAGUAAUAAAGAACGAAAUGAAGCAAGUGCUUCCGAUGUACCGAAUAAAAGGAAAAAAUUAACUAAGGCGCAAAAAAAGCGCAUCGCGGCGAGUGCGAUUGCCAACGCCAAAGUUAUUUAUGACAACCGUGAAGAGGAGCUUUUGUUUCAAGGUGGUUUGCAGUUCGACUAUUUCCAGUACCCGGUUCAAUCAGAUGUAGAAAAAGAUUCUAAAUUUGGUUCAGUUGUACGGGAAGGUAUCACUUAUCGACCUUAUAGACGUGUUUGUUUUCUUGAUAGUAGCACAUUUCAUCGUUAUAUUGAGCUUACUAAUUAUACUAUCAUGAGAUCAUGUCGAGAACAGAAUUCAAUCGAACAGUUCCAUAAACUUUCACUCAGAACACCUGCAGAAGAUGAGCAAAUAUCUAACAAAAAAGUGAAACCUAUAAUUGAUGCUGCAAUUAUCGCUCAUAAACUCCACUCUGAAUAUUCAAAUUCAGAUAAUUUUGAAUGGAAAUCAUUAAAUGAUUUAAAUAUUCUCACAAUUCAAAAAUCCAAUGAGAAAUACAUCCUUGGGCAAAGUAAUUCACAGCGUAUGAUUUACCCGCACUCAGCUACAACAGAUUUUGGGCAAUUUCAACUUGAUGAUAAUGGUAUUGAUAACGAAUCAAAUAUCACAAAACGAUUACUAUUCAAAAGCAGUACUGUUAUCACUGAAUCAUCAUCGCCAAGUACUAUCAGUUCAGCUUAUUCAGUUACUGAUAAGAUAUCAGAAGUAAACGAGGAAAAUAUUUCUGAUUACGAUGUGAAUGAUUUUGAAGAAAUAACUUCAACUGAAAAUUUCUCUUCUUCAUCUUCAAAAAGUUUGACUUCUUCCAACAAACUUAUGCAGAAUAAUUCGACAGGAAGAAAAUCAAUGGAUUUUCAAAUGGAAACUUCUAAAAGUAAUAGUAGCAGUAGCAGCAGCAACAAUAGUAGUAGUAGUAGUAGUAACUCUUCAAGUACUGAUAAUAGUAGUAGUAGUAACUUUUCAAGUACUGAUAAUAGUAGUAGUAGUAGUAACUCUUCAAGUACUGAUAAACUAUCUGUUAAACAAGCAAAACAAUGCUUAUCGAAAUCAGUGAUUAAGGAAAAUGAAUUUGAGAGUAGAAGUGAUAGUGAAACAUUGUAUUCUACGACAACAACAACAACAACAACAAAAAGUUAUAAAUCCGGUAGCUAUCAGGCAAAAAAAGAUGAAAGAAAGAAGAAAGUGAAGAAUUCAGAAGAAAAUCAGAAGCAUAAAAAUACCUGUAGCAUAGGAUGUAGUAAAUUGAAUUACGGAAACAACCUGAAAUAUGAAUCGAUAAGCAAUUCUAGUGCAGAUAGUCAAAGUUCUCGGGAAUCGGUUAUUCUGGAUAAAAGAUCAUACAGAUUUAAAAGGAAAUCAUCAAUUGCCGAAACGAACAAUUUUGCAAAUAUGAAAUAUCAUAUUGAUAAUCUCGAGAAAUCAGAUAAUUCAUGGCAUUCUAAAUUAGCAAAUUUUGAUAAUUGCUCAAGAAAAGCCGGAUUUGACAGGAAAAAAAGUAUUAAAAAUGUUGCAGUGCAAACAAUUCAUUUAGAAUCAGACAAUGAUCUUUUGCCUAUGUUUACACCUCUUCUACUAAAAGAUAUUGAAGAAAAUAUGAAAGAAAUGAAUAAAAAAGAAGCUAUUCACACAAUUAUAAAAACACAUUUGGAAUUAAUCAAAAGACAAGCAAAACGUGAAAAACGAUUGCUGCAAGAAUGGAAUUCUGCUAUUAGCGAUUUGGAAGAACGAUGUGAGGUGGUCAGUUUUGAACGAUUGAAAUUACUUCUUCGUAGUGAUAAUUAUUCGUAUGCUUGA